UGCAGAAGAUAUUGGCCCCAAGCUCUCAAAGGUGGCGGUGUCAGACAGGCCCCAAAAGAAUUUACAGCGAAACCCGUUGACAAAGAUACAGCUAAACUCCAGCCGAAUGUCACAGACCAGGCAGUGGAAGCCCACCAAUAUCUCAUGCAAGAAGAUUUCCGUUUCGCCCCGUCGCGUACCCAAUUCUGCCAACUACCUUAGCUCCACCAUAUCGUCGUCUCUAUCGUCUGCUCCCGUUCUCCGGAAGGAUAUUAGAAAAGACGGAAGAACGUCUAUAGCCGGAGAUAGAACUCUGAUGGCUAGAAUAUCGGUUAACAGAACGUCCAUGGCUAGGGAUAGAGCGUCGUUGACCAAAGACAGAACCUUGUCCAAAGAUAGAACAAAUGACAAAGAUAGAACGCGGCAGGUUCUCCCGCCCGACAGAACUUCGUUGAUUCGCAACGAUGCAUCCCUGAGUUUCAUAUCUCUUACUUCCCGAACACUGUCUCGCCUUAGCAGAGGCUAUCUGAAUCCCCUCCACGGGCUCACUCAGCCCACGCCGCGUGUGUACUGCUUGGAGGACUUUGAGAUAGGCCGGAAGCUCGGAAAAGGCAAGUUUGGAAAGGUCUACUGUGUCAAAGACAAACAAACAGGCUUCAUCUGUGCGUUGAAGGUGAUGGAAAAGAAGGAACUAAGCGAGUACAAAGUGGAGAAGCAGUUUCGACGGGAGGUGGAAAUCCAACUGAACCUCCGACACCCCAACAUCUUGCGGUUGUAUGGCUACUUCUACGACGCUACACGGGUGUAUCUCAUUCUUGAGUACCUGGUCAAUGGCGAGCUUUACAAGUUGUUGAAGCAGAAGGGCCAGUUCUCCGACGUUAGCGCCUCCCAUUACAUCUACCAGAUGGCGCUCGCGAUCCGCUACUUGCACCAGAAAAACAUCAUCCACCGGGACAUUAAGCCCGAAAACAUUCUCCUAGGCUUCAACGAUGUGGUCAAGAUUAGUGAUUUUGGCUGGUCCGUGCACUCGCUCUCCAGCAGCAAGCGCGCCACCAUGUGCGGGACCCUCGACUACCUUCCGCCGGAAAUGGUUGAAUCCAAAGACUACACCGAAAAGGUAGAUGUGUGGUCUUUGGGCGUGUUGUGCUACGAGUUUCUUGUGGGUAAGCCUCCCUUUGAGGAGGACUACAAGAACGCCACGUACCGACGCAUUGCAAAGGUGGACUUGCAAAUCCCCAGUUUCGUCAGCCACGAUGCGGCGGAUUUCAUCCAGCAGUUGCUCCAGCACGACCCGGAAAGGCGGUUUGACCUCAACCAGGUCGAGCACCAUCCGUGGAUUGUAAAGAACCGGCCGUUCUGGCCGAUCAAGAAGUGAAAGGUGUAAACUGUUUUCAUGAUUAUUAAUUUAGACAUAUAUCUAACCUGUAGUAUGCCG